CUUAACAACAAUGAGAGGACUGAAUAUGACCGUCGAUAUAUAAGCUGCACCACCCACUGACUUCUCUUCCCUCUCCACAUGUUCAACCUGUGAGAGAAAUAUAAACCAAUUCACAAUUUUAUUUUAAAAAUAUGUGUAAGAGACUCAUGACUCAUAUGAAGAUACCCACAUAACACACAUUUUUUUUGUUCUUUCUUCUUCCUUUCCUAAACUCUUCUGCUUUAUUUCCAUCCCAUGUUUCUCCAUAUAAAUAAAGAAGGUCAGGCUCUCCUCUCAUGGAAAACUCAGGUAAACAUUCUGGAGAGGCUUUAUCUUUCAGGAACAUCGUAGAGACAAAUCCUUGACAAUGAUGAAAUGCGAGGCAAUUCUCGGAGAUACAACUACAUGUCAUAGAAUUUCAAGCUCUGUUACUGACAAUUUAUCCCCAGAAGCUAAAGUCUAUUACUUCACUCUUAACAUCUGUGAAGCACAAGUUUGAUCCCUAACAAAAUCAGAGACUUGUUAAGGCUUGAAGUUUUUUUUUUUUGUUUCACCAGCAAUUCUCUUCCCGGUGAUUGUGAAUCAUGUCACUAAAGGUCUCGCCGUGAAAAAUCUCUCCGGUAGACUUCUGCCGUUGAACGGAAACCUGAAACAUGUUCAGAAAAUAGGUAAUCAAUCACUGAGGUUGACAGGUAACAUUGAAAAGAGUUUUAAAGAUGUUCUUCGAGAACAUUCUUAAACGUUUGUCGGCAAAUCUUUUCCUAUCCUCCUUCUGCAAUGAUGUGCAUAGCAGCAUCAGAAAAACUCGGUGCAAUUCUCACUGAUAGAAACUAAAGAUCGAUUAUCAGAAAAUAAUUCAGAUUUUCAAAGAAUAAACCUUUUAAUGAUAGCUAAACCUGAGUGCAAACUGCAAAGAUUUGAUUAAAACCUAAGACAAAAUCAAGAACUCACAGUGCUGCCAUGUGUUUCGGCAACGCGUCCCGUCUUCUUUGCAGCUUGGGCAACCUCCUACCCCAUCUCCGAAGCGUCCCUUCCACAGACCAUCUUGGCUGAUCUAAUUAUGAGAGUGUGAGAGAAAGAUCAGUGAAGGUCAAAGACUCAAAACUUUAUCGUCGGUUUAAUGAAUCUGUGAAUAGAAGUGAAAAAAAAAGACAUACAGACUUGUAAUUAAAGGGAUGAUAAUGAGACAGAAAGAAAGGUGAAGAGACUAUUAGUUUCAACGGAAUUAAAGAGCUCUAUCGAUUCAUUCGCAAAGAAAAACUUACGUUCUACUGCUGAUGUGGCAAAAGUAUAAAAAUUGAUUGGUUAAAUUUUUAUGCUUAUGUGGAUAGCCUGAAUGUUGAGUAUAUUCAACUUUUAGUAUUGUAAGAUUAUUAUGGGAAAAUAGAUCGUAUCCUUUUAUUUGUAAAAAUAGUUUGUUGUUGGUAUAAAACAAUUAGAUACAAAUCCAUAUAAUUUUAUAGAAAAAUAUGCAUAAUAAAUAAUAGAUCAUUUUCAAAUAAAUGACCAAUAAAUAUUUUCAUAUAUUGUUUGGAACGGUGACAAUAAAAAUGAGAUAAUAGACUAAAUUAAUUGAUGGAUCUUAAAACAAAUGGGAAAAAAAGGAAACUUUCUUUUCACUAAUUAAAAAAGGAAAAUUUCCUUUACUUUAUUAUCGUCCAUCUCCAUCUUCUAUAAAUACAGUUCUUUGGAUAACAAAUGAACCCACUCACUCAAGUUGCAAUCCAUCCCACAACAAGAAAGCACUUACACCAAGAAGAAGAAAGAAACUCUUAGAGGGGACUUGACGAUUGGACCGAUUGGAUAUUCUCUCUCCUAAAAGUUUUUCUCCUCCUUCUCUCUACUCGACAAGACUUCAGCGCGACGUUUCUCCGGUGGUCGCCGCCGCGUCCUUAGCGCGGCCGCCGGAGCCCCCUCCCCGUGUUUUCUGUUUCUUCUCCGUCUCUCCCUCUGUGUUCUCUGCGGCGGGUAUAUCUCCUCCUUGGUUUAGAUCUGGGUUCAGAUCCGUCUGCUCUGGAGUCUCCUUAGUCGGAAGCUAGGAGGUGGCGCCGCUUGAGGACGUCGGCUGCUCCUUCUCGUUACCGGCGAAGGUCUCGUCUAGGGCUUUCUACCCAUCAGUUUUCCUCUGCUAAGGUUGAGUUUGUGUGCGAGUGGAGGUGAGUGUGGCGUCGUUGAGGCCUUUCCGGUGCCUGUGUUCCUUUCCGGCGUGACAGUGUGGUGGCGGUGGUACGCAAAGCUUCGGUAUCGGUUCGGAUCUGAGAUCUCGCGAGUCUAGGGUCCGUCCCCUUUAUCUCCACCGGUGGUCUGUGGUGGAGGCGCGUGGGGUUCUUCGGAGGUCGCGUUCGACUCGAUCUUCCGGUUUCUCCAGUGGCAGCGCGUGGUACUAGCGACGGCGCGUGGUGACGGCGCGUGACGGUCCGGCAGCAUGUGGUGGCGGCGCGUGUGGUCGGUUGUUCUUCAUUGGCUCCGUUUUUUAGCGGCAUUCUGGUUUUCCCGGUUGUAUACCUCGUCUCUUCCUUGGGGCUCUCGGCGGUGAGGCCAUUCAUCUUCCUCGUUCUGCCCAUUAAGGGUGACAUUGUCUUGUUUUUCCUAUGGUCGAUGCGGCCAUUCUCUUGUUUCUAUGCGGCAGUUCGGCACUCGGGUUUGCUGCUUCUCUUGUAGGUUCACUUCUGCAGGUUUAGCUUUUGUACGGUCCGCUCUCUCUAUAUGAGAUUUCGGUUCAAUGGGUGUAUACGGUCACAAAGGGUCGGGUUUGGAGACGGCAAUCUUCAGGUCUGCCGUUUGAACGAUGGCAUCGUCGCGUGAAGGCUCUCUCUCGUGCCGUCGGAGGUGCGUCUGUCUGGUUUGGUAGUAAGUCUGUGCUAUGAUUCUUCGAGUUGGUUGUGUUGGGAAGGUGGUAGGAAGCUGCAGGAGCCGUAGCUUCUAGGUUUGAGGGCGCCUAUCUAUCGGUAGCUCGUGGUAACUGGCUAUCUAUCUCCGACCUUCUGGUUUCGCUUGGUCUUAGCGCGUCUCGCUGUUUAGCUAGUUAUUAGGUUUGUCGCUCUUCUUUGGUUUCAAUUCAUUGUUGCUUUUGUCCGUCUGUUUAGUUUCAUUAUGCAAUUCCGCUACUAGUUGUCUCUGUAAACUCUGUCAAAACUCGAAAAUGGUAUAAUAUUUAACAUUUUACCAAAAAAAAAAAAGAAAGAAACUCUUAAACCUGAGAAAAUGGAGAUUUGCUUGGACUGCAAGAAAUCUACCGAAACAGUGAUAGACCUAAGAACCGGCGACACAAUCUGCACAGAGUGUAGCCUCGUCAUCUCCGAUCACUACAUCCGCGACUGCCAAGAAUGGAGAACUUUCGCUAACGACGACAACAGCGACCGAGACCCUAACCGUGUAGGUGAUCCGACCAACCCUCUUCUCAAAUCCGGCGGUAUCGGCACCAUCAUCGAAACACGCAAAGAAAACACUUUGUCCUCCGUCCCUAAAAACAACGACAUAUUCGGUUUGUCCCGGGCUCAGAAUCUCGUUAGGAACAAGGAAGAAGAUGUGUUCAAGAAAGCGUGCAACGAAAUCAAGAGAAUGACUGAGGAUCUUGACCUAAUAAGAGGUGUCGAGUUUAGGGCUUGCGAGAUUGUCUCCAAGUUUGAUGUUGACAAAAGCAAGAAGUUACGCAGAGGGAAGCAGUUAACAGCUCUCUGUGCUGCCUCUGUUUCAACGGCUUGUCGUGAGUUGAAACUCUCGAGGACGUUGAAAGAGAUCUCCACGGUGGCUAAUGGCGUGAGUUUGAAGGAUAUAAACAAGGCCAGUAUGGGGAUAAAGCGUCUUCUAAGGUCAGAUCAAGACGAGGCUGUUUCUGAUGCUCCUCCUCAGGUGAUACUCAAGACAGGAGAACUUGUUCGCCGCUUCUGUUCUAAACUCGACUUAAGUGAAAAAGAAAGAAAGGCUAUUAGAGAGGCUGUUGAAAUGGCUGAGAAUUUCGAUAUCAGGAGAACCCCUAAGUCGGUUCUUGCUGCUAUCAUCUUCAUGAUCUGUCAGCUAUCUCAGACCAAACAGAGACAUAUUUCAGAUAUUGCGUUGGCUUCAGAAGUCGUGGAGAAUACCAUCAAGAAGUCUGCUAACGACAUGUACCCUUACGCCUCCAAGAUUAUACCCAAAUGGUAUGCUUCUGAAGAACACAUUAUCAACAAGUUAGGAGGUAACAUAGGUUCUUGGGAUGGUGCAAAACUUACAGUAUAAGCAAGUCUUUACUGCGCAAGAAGUUUUUGGAUUUAUGUUGAAGGAUAUGUUCUGAUUAAAGAUCUAUGGGAUCUAUUUCUGCUUUAAAUAACAAGUUGUAUAUAGAGAGAGAUUUGUUGACAUACAAUGUUGAAUGAAAAUAUAUAGACCUUCAGAAAGUAAUAUUCGUUGAAGUGCAUAGAGACUAAGUGGGGCUUAUUGGAUUAGGGAUUUCAUAAAAUUUUAGGUUUUUGCCAAAUCCUCCCUUAUUGGAUUAGGUAUUUAUAAAAAGUUUUACAAAUCUUCCCUUAUUGGAUGUAUCAUUUAUAAAAACCCUAUUAAAUCACCCCUUAUUGGAAAAUAUGGAUUUCAUCAAUGAAUUCAUGAAAAGUUAUUUUGGAUUAUUAAAAACUAUCAUUUACACUUCAAAUAUAAUAGAACAAAAUACCAUCUAAAGAGAUGGAAUUUAAGAAAAAAACAGAUUAUUUCAUAUUUACUACGAUUUCCACGAGAUCUUUGCGACAAAUCUAAACUAUCAGAGCUUGUAGCCACAACAUUGUCCACAAAAAGGUCUGGAAAUGAAGAUGGCGUUGAAGGCAGGGAAGAGUUAUAAACAAAUUGAGUGCUGGUUUCGACUGAUGGGGACAUAGACUGAGAGAGGGAGGUCACAACAUCUAGCUAUAUAUCUUCUUCUAACAUGGCUAGAUUAGCAAAUCUGUUUGAUCCUUUUGCAUCACUUAACUGUAAGCAACUAUCUGGAAGGCCAUCUACACUGGAUUUACAUUUCAAAUCCACCACAGGGAUAGACAGUGAUAGUGUACCUGCAGCAGCAAAGACUAAAGGAGCAGAAGAAGUAGGUGAAACAGAAGUUGAUGUAGUGAUGUUCCCAAUGAAACCUGAAUCAGUGUUAAAUUGUGUAUUUCCGGAACACAUACUAUAUCAGAUGGAGAAGCGCUAAUAGCUGUGGAAUUAUCUGCUGGUGAGCUUAUAGGAGGGACUGGAUCAGUUUCCAUUGAGGCAGAAUGAGUUAUUUGGAGGGUUGAGACAUUUGCAUCAGUGUUGUAUGCAGUAGCUUGAGAUGGUACAUGGAAAGAUACCUCUUCAGCUAAUUCUCUUGCGGUCUUCAACAUCUCCUAAAACAAUAUAUCAGGCAAAAGAUGUUGACGUAAAGUAGCUGGUAUUGAACGGAAACGUAUCAGAAGUUUGCAAUCUGAAGAAGCGGCCAUGCUCCGCCUUCAAGAGCUAGAGCUGGUAGAAAAUCUCUCUUGAGUUCUUCUUUAACUUGAUCUUGCCCGUAGCUUAUCCCAUUAUGUGAAGAAUAUAAGUAGAUCUAUGGGGCCAAAGAUAAGACCAUCCAUUGCCACUUCUUCUUUUUGAAAGAAAAUCCAUCCAUCCAGCCAUCCAUCCAUUGCCACUUCGGCUGCCACUGUGCCACAAAACGUGUUGACUUUGGUACAUAUCGAAGCUUUAGUUUUAUGAAUUUAUCAAGACCUCCGUACCUGCGAUACCGCAAGUAUAACAGUUUUGCUGGAUUAGGUGAGAUGCAAACAUGGGGAUUUAUAGCUAAAUGAUUAUGAAAGAAGCAGGAAAGAAACCAGAAGUGGCCAACAAUACCGACAAAACCAAGUCCAAACAUGCUUGUGAUAGCUUGAAAUCUGCAUCUUUAUUUGUGUCCUGUUAUAUGGAAACAUAGAUUAGCAAUAUAUUAAUAGAUCAAUUCAUCCGGCAACCUAUAUAUAUGUCAAUACUUUAGCCACAAAAUCAUAGCAAUAUAUAACAACCGCAAAUAUAAUUUUUUUCCCCUACCAACCUAUAUCCAUAGACCUUAGUUACAAAUAGGAAUAGAAGGUUGUGGCCGAAACUAUUAUUAAAAUAUUUUGGAAAUAUCUUACCAAAUCCUAUCAAAAGUCUCUUUUUAAUUCUCAAUCAAAAUCCCUGAAUUCAACAAAACCCUCCAUCAAAAUUAUAGAAUUUAACAAAAUCCUCUAAAUCUUAAAAUCUUGAAAAC